AUGAACUAUACUAAAGAGGAUGGUUCCCCAAAUUUAACUAAAGGUAAUAUUAUACAUUACUUUAAAACAAGACCUAGUACUUUAUUCGAUAUUCCAUUUUUCAAGGCUGAUAAGAAAGUAUGGCAAGUUUUAAAUCCCAUCCCUGGAUUAAAAGAAAUGUCUCUUAGUGAUUGGAACUACUAUUUCCUCGGGUGGACUGCCUGGACAAUAGAUGCAAUUGAUUUUUUCUGUGUUUCUGCUGCAGCGCCCGAGAUUGCAGCAACAUUAGGAGUUGAUAUAGUUGAUAUAACUUGGGGUAUGACGUUAGUAUUAAUGUUGAGAUCAGUUGGUGCUCUUAUUUUUGGAAUAGCUUCUGAUUAUUAUGGACGUAAAUGGCCAUUUAUUAUCAAUUUAUUUAUUUUUGUUGUAUUGGAAAUUGCUACUGGUUUUGUAAAGACAUACAAAGAUUUUUUGGCAGUGCGUGCUUUAUUUGGUAUUGCAAUGGGUGGAAUGUACGGUAAUGCAGCAGCAACUGCUAUAGAAAACCAACCGAUUGCGGCAAGGUCCAUUUUAUCAGGCUUGUUUUUGCCUGCCUAUAAUUUUGGAUACGCUCUUGCAGUUAUUUUCUUCAGAGCAUUUGAAAAUACGUACAAGCCGGGUGAAGGAUGGAGAUCUUUAUUCUGGUUUAGUGCAGGGUUACCCGUGAUAGUAAUUAUCUGGAGAAUGUUCUUUCCUGAAUCUGCACAUUUCUUACGUCUAAAAUCUCAACGCCAAUUGGAAGCCAAAAGUGAUAUAGAACAAUUAAAGGUGAAAAAGGUUAAGAAUAACGUUUUCAAUAUAAUAAGAACUGAAGGACUUAUGUUUGCUUACUUAGUCUUAUUUGCAGCAGGCAUCCAUUUUACUUCUCAUGGGUCGGCAGACUUGUAUCCAACCUUCUUAGUCAAGCAACAUAAUAUUGGAUCCAAUAGAAAGACAGUUACUAUGGUAGUAUGCAACUUGGGUGCUGUCGCCGGUGGAUUAUUUUUUGGCCAAAUGACUGAAUUACUAGGCAGAAGGUUAUGUAUUAUGGCUUGUAUGUUGACGAGUGGAGCAUUCAUUUAUCCGGCAUUCCUUUCUAAUGACAUAAAUGUUUUAACUGCUGGAUUUUUUUUCGUCAAUUUUGGAAUUGCAGGAGCUGCUGGGGUUGUUCCUUUGCAUACAUUUGAAUUAUUCAAAAAGGAAAAUCGUGUGAUCUUGAGCGGUUUGGGUAUGUACUUUAUUUUGAAAGUUUUGAAACUUCAAAUUAAUUGA